AUGUCUGAGAUUGAAAAGGCGCUUGCUGAGCUGAAGGCUUUAAUGGAAUAUAGGGAAAAAGAGCUUGGUUAUCCGGAAGAUUUCAGAGCGCUUGGUUUGACAAGCAGGAAAAAUCUUUGUUUACACCCUACUGUGAAAAGAGAAAAGAGCGGAAAUGUCGUCGAUGCAAAAUGUCGCAGUCUUACGGCAGGAUUUGUGAAGGCAAAGAAAGAACGUGGUGAAGAGGUGGAAGUUUGUGUUUACCAUGAUAACUUAGACCUCCUAGAACCACAUAAUCUAGUGCCACCGGGUGUCUAUACGCUUGAUGGUCUCUUGAGGUACGGGGAGAAGCAUACGCAAUGCCCUUACUUCUCUGCUAGAAGAAUGAUGCCGUUUUGUAACGUGAUUAUUUAUUCAUAUCACUAUCUGCUAGACCCAAAGAUCGCAGAAAGAGUCUCUAAGGAACUCUCGAAAGACUGUAUCGUUGUCUUCGAUGAGGCUCAUAAUAUUGAUAAUGUGUGCAUCGAAUCCUUGAGCAUUGACUUAACGGAGGAUUCACUUCGAAGAGCUGCUCGUGGUGCACAAAAUCUAGAGAAAAAGAUUGGGGAAAUGAAAUCUAGUGAUGCAGCAAAGCUACAGAGCGAGUACCAGAAGCUUGUUGAGGGUCUGAGAGAUGUCGAUGAAGGGAGAGAGGAAGACUCAUUUAUGGCCAAUCCAGUCCUUCCUGAUGAUUUAUUGAAGGAAGCCGUGCCUGGAAAUAUUCGAAGGGCGGAGCAUUUUGUGGCGUUUCUCAAACGCUUUGUUGAAUACCUAAAGACAAGGAUGAAAGUCACAAAUACUAUCUCUGAGACUCCUGCCUCCUUUUUACAGCAUCUAAAAGACUUGACUUUCAUUGAAAGAAAGCCGCUCAGAACGCUUGAGCUCGCGAACAUUGAAGACUAUCAUCCACUCCAAGAGGUUGCUACUUUUGCGACUUUGGUGGCCACUUACGAAAAAGGCUUCCUUCUCAUCCUAGAGCCCUACGACUUCGAUGGUGCGCAAGUCCCAAAUCCCGUCCUCCACUUGGCUUGUUUAGAUGCUUCAAUUGCAAUUAAGCCAGUCUUCGACCGCUUUUCCUCCGUCGUCAUUACUUCAGGAACAAUUUCUCCUCUGGAAAUGUACCCCAAAAUGCUCCAAUUCAACACAGUUGUGCAAGAAUCAUAUGCAAUGACCUUGGCUAGAAAGAGCUUUCUACCGAUGAUCGUAACGAGGGGUAGUGAUCAGGUUGCUAUCAGCAGUAGAUUUGAGAUAAGAAACGAUCCUAGUGUCGUUAGAAAUUAUGGAAGUCUACUGAUCGAGUUUUCAAAAAUAACGCCGGAUGGCAUGGUGGUUUUCUUUCCAAGUUAUCUCUACAUGGAAAGUAUCAUCAGUAUGUGGCAGGGAAUGGGAAUCUUGGAUGAAGUUUGGAAAUACAAGUUGAUACUUGUCGAGACACCAGAUAGCCAAGAAACAAGCCUGGCUCUAGAAACUUAUAGAACUGCUUGUUGCAAUGGUAGGGGCGCUGUUAUGUUAUGUGUUGCUCGAGGGAAGGUUUCAGAGGGCAUCGAUUUCGAUCACCAUUAUGGGCGCACUGUGCUCUGUAUAGGUGUCCCAUUUCAGUAUACCGAGUCCAGGAUACUGAAAGCAAGGUUGGAAUUCUUGCGAGAAAACUACCACAUCAAGGAAAAUGACUUCCUAUCUUUUGACGCCAUGAGGCACGCAGCACAGUGUCUGGGACGUGUACUUCGUGGUAAGGAUGACUAUGGGAUUAUGGUACUAGCCGACAAGAGAUUUGCUCGCAAACGAGGACAGUUGCCUAAAUGGAUCAACAAUGCGAUACUUGAAUCCGAUACGAAUUUAUCUACCGACAUGGCUGUCGCAGUUGCAAAAAAAUUUCUGAGGACGAUGGCUCAACCUUUCACCGCCAGGGAUCAGGACGGAAUAUCAACAUGGAGUAUUGCGGAUCUAGAAAACCACAAGAGAAAACUCUUAGAAGAAGAUCCCUCCAGUUCCAUGAUGGUGGAUUGA